CGCUGAUCAAUGUCUAUAGUAUCAUGUUAUCUCCGAGUGUAACUGCCGUUGGAUCACUUUAACUUGUAGGUGCUUGUGGGUGCAGUGGCCCAGUGUCACGCCGGAUGCUGACCAAGACUUUCGGCCUUGCGCCAGGCCAUGAACCGACAUCCGUCGGUCCACCUCCAUCACUUAACGGGUGACAACUCCUGGCUUAUCGCCUUCAUUGACGACGAAAAUUCUGUUACUUUACUCCUAGACCCGUGGUUCACCGAACCAGACGUUCAGGUCCAUCGACUUUGGCUUCGACAGGCUCAUCCUACUUCCAAACAACCUCAAUUUUCGGAUUUUCAAUCGUUAAAAGAGUUUUUGGCAGCUCAAAACCGACAGGUCGAUGGAAUCAUCAUUACGUUUGGGUACAGUGACCACUUGCAUCGACCUACAAUCGACGGGGUAGACGAGGAUGUUCCGUUUUUUGCGUUCCGGAGAGCCGCGAAGAUCUUGCGAACUUGGGGUAGGAAGCAUGUUCACGAGAUCGAGAAAGAACCAGCGUCUAUGGGGAUUGUCGAGAGAAUUGUUGAAGCAGACAACCGGGCGAAUAGAGUGUCGAGAAGAUCAUUUCUGGAGAAACUAGAUGUCCGACUGAGCUUUCUACCGACAACUGCUCCAUUUUGGGAAGACUUUGCGCAAGGGUAUCUACACGGCUCCCUUACCUUCGUGUUUUCAAAGCUCGACAGCUCCGAAGGGAAAGGCGCUAUAAUUUAUUCCCCCCACGGAACGCCGGUCGAGGAUUUGAAAACCUGGACGACUAGGCGAAAGUCAGAGGACUUGGAACUUUUCGCUCUCGUUGCGGGAUGGAAUGUCGUCAAGAUGCCUUGGUUGUUAGGCGGCGUGAUAAAUUUCGGUUCCCCAAAAAACGUCGAAGUCGUACAGCUGCUUUCGCCUCGAUAUUGGUUGAGAACACAUGAUGAAAUCACCACGAUGAGCGGUUUUGUUUCUAUGGUUUUGAAGAGAGAGUUGUGGACGAAGGAGCGUGUUGAAAGUGAAACCAGAAUGUUCGGGAGUAGAACAAAAGUGCUCGACAUGGAGCCAGGAGAAACUCUUGCUCUUCCUCUGGCGUUCAAUCACGCUGAAUAUUGAAACCAGCACAAGUUCGGUUAAGCUUCUGGUAACGGCUGAAAUCAGUUUAAUUGACUCGAUUUGAUCCUUGGAUUACAAUUGGGUUCUUCUGCGGUGGACCCUUGGCAGACUCAUGCACUCAAGCAAACCAGGGGCGCCUUUGAUCACACCAAUAUUUUGUUCAGUCGGGACGAUGUGAAACGACAAUAGAAUAAUGCCUCUGAAGCGAUUUAUCUUCAAUAUUGAACAAUGAAGCCU